AUAUAGGGAAUAAAGCGGUGUUUGGGAUUCAGCCACACGGACAAUCUGAGCUCUUGUUGCUUACAUUGCCUGCUUGAACGGAAAUUAGCUGGUAGCUGGAGUUUCUUCGAGGCGCACAGACGCUCAGGUUGUAAUCAUGGAGGCUGCAGAUCUUCUCAAGCAGGUUCAGGUGCCCUUGUUUUGGGUCGGGGCUGUGACAGUGGCCUGGGUGUCCGUGUGCACCCUGUACCGACUCCUUUACGGCCUCCGCGUGUGGGUCCUAGGAAACGGGAACCUCAUCAAGUCUUCCAGACUCGGGAAAUGGGCAGUCGUAACCGGAGCCACUGAUGGAAUCGGAAAAGCCUAUGCGGAGGAGCUUGCACGGCGAGGCUUUUCCAUCGUCCUCAUCAGUCGUACUCAGGAGAAGCUGGAUGAAGUGUCUAAAGCCAUCGAGAGAAGCUACAACGUCGAGACCAAAACCAUCUCUGCAGACUUCGGCUUGGUGGACAUUUACUCCAGGAUCGAAUCUGGACUUGCUGGCCUUGAAAUUGGGAUCUUAGUGAACAACGUCGGCGUGUCCUACACUUACCCCGAGUUCUUCCUUGACAUCCCAAACCUCGAUAAUUUUAUCAACAACAUGGUCAACAUCAACAUCACCUCAGUUUGUCAGAUGACUCGGCUCGUGCUGCCCAGGAUGGUUGAGAGGUCUAAAGGAGUGAUUCUGAACGUCGCCUCUGCGAGCGGCAUGUACCCCGUUCCACUGCUCACCCUCUACUCGUCCUCAAAGGCUUUUGUGGAUUUCUUCUCUCGUGGACUGGAUGCUGAGUACAGAAGCAAGGGCAUCAUCAUCCAGAGCGUCCUGCCUUUCUUCGUCACAACCAAGCUGAGUAAGAUCAAGAAAGCAUCUUUGGACAUUCCCACUCCGGAUCGCUACGUGGCAUCGCAGCUGAGCACCGUGGGUCUUCAGACUCAAACGAACGGCUACCUGCCCCAUGCUAUCAUGGGAUGGGUGACCACGUCUGUACUUCCUGCAAAACUGCUCAACAGGUACGUCAUGAACAUGGGCCUGUCUCAGCGUGCACGCUACCUGAAGAAACAGAAGCAGGGCUGAGAAGAUCAGGACAGGUGGACUUCAGAGUGGAGAAGAGUAGUGGACCAACCAAAAAUUUCCUUUUUUUUUUUUUUUUUUUUUUUUUCCUGGUGACGAAGGUUGUCGAUUCGUGGACAUUCCUGGUUGUCGAUUCCUUCCAAGCUUGUCGAUUCCUGCUUCACUUUUUCUGAUCAGAUAGUUUCUUCUGGCUUGUUAGAGUUCAGUAUUUUGCAUUUAUUUCAGUUUCUUCAAGGAGACGCGAUUUUAUUAAAUAUUAUUAAAUAUUUCCAUUUUAAAUCGAUUGCAUUUGUAUUAAACAUUUCUAUCCUGGAUUUAUUGAUCGAAAAGGAUUAAAGUGUGGUCAUUACAGAAAUUUUUACAUUAACACGUACAGAAAACACAAAAAUGUGGUAUUUAAUUAUUAGACUAGGUUUUAAUCCUGGACAAAUUUCAGUCUAAUUUGGUCUCAAAGGAGCAGUUUGUCUUCCGCUCUGAGAAGAACUAAUAUUUUAAUGAAAACACAGACAUUCCUUCCUAAUUCCACACUGAUCCCCCUAAAUUUCCAUUUUGAAAACUGUGCACUCAUUAGGAGUCGCUUGAGGAGCGAAAAAAGUGCUGCUCGUUUAACGGCCAGAAAAAAGACGGCGUCAGAAUCCUAAAAACAGAAAUGAUCUCGAUUUUAGCAAUAUUAUAAAAAAAAAAAAAAAAAAACACUUUAAAGUAAAUGAUUAUUUUGUGUCUAGACACGUUCCUAAAAUCCGCCGCAGUGUUGACGGCACAAGAACUUCCAGUUUGUGUUCGUUUUUUUACGUCUUGCUUUUGUGUAACACUUUUAUCUUCUACACUAUAUGGACAAAAGUUUGUGAAGACAUGACCGUAAGAGUUAUACGUGUUUCUUUGUGAACAUUCCGUGCCACAUUAAUCCUUAUUCCCUAAUAUAAUAAUCUCUACUCUUCUGGGAAGAUGUUCUACUGGAUGUUUGUACAGGAGGUGAGGUUGAGGAGGCCUGGGGGGGUUUCCACAUUCAUUGUCCAAUAGGGGUUGAAGCUCUGUAGAAGGAGAUCUUCCAUUUCAACCUAUGGAAAGCAUAUCUUCAUGGAGCUGAGCUUUAUUCACAGGAAUACGAUUGCAUGCCUCCGAGGUUUUAGAGGUUGGAGAAGAAACACAUGGUUGGAUAAGUCAGGUGUCCCAAUACUUUUGUCCAUACAGUAUGUGUCAAUUGGGGGAUUGUGUUUCCCCCCUUAUGCUGUUAAAGCCAUGUUGUACUCUGAUGACUGAUUUUGUUGUAUGUGCUUUUGCAUCGCUUUAAAUGUACUCAAUUAUUUUAAGGCAUUUAAUUGGUAACUCGGGGUGACCGUGUUACUAACGUGGUGUAGUGAGGACUUACUGAGCCGAGAGGAAAAAAUGCUUCCAUAUUCUCUUAUUAAAGUUUCACACAUGUAAUAUCUUGACGUCUGAGGUACAGCUAGUGAUGUUAUCAAACUUGCAGAAAUAAACUGGUACGCUUCAUUCACGUUCUUUUAGAAUUAACGUUCGAAUAAAAUUUUUGGAAAUCUUA